UCACCUGGUCUCCAAGGAGAGACGCCCAGGGAGAUCAUACGUCACUGCUCUGCGCCGGAAAACCCUAUCUUCAAGUUCUUUUACAUCAAUCUCUAACCCGAUACCAUAAAGUCUCGGGAUAUGAGCCGGAAGAGGCAUUGCCUGGUCCCUGAGACCUUUGGACUGAAGAGGCGGCGGGAGCGAGGGCCUGUAGAAGCGGAUCCUCUGAGGGGCGAGUCAGGGUCGGCGCGCGCGGCACUUGCGGAGCUAGUGCAGCUGUUCCCGCGCGGCCUGUUCGAGGAUGCGCUGCCGCCCAUCGCGCUGAGGAGCCAGGUGUACAGCCUCGUGCCCGACCGGACGGUGGCCGACCGGCAGCUGAAGGAGCUUCAAGAGCGGGGGGAGAUCAGAAUCAUCCAGCUGGGCUUCGACUUGGAUGCCCAUGGAAUUAUCUUCACUGAGGAUUAUAGGACCAGAGUCCUCAAAGCCUGUGAUGGCCGACCAUAUGCUGGGGCAGUGCAGAAGUUUCUGACUUCGGUGCUUCCAGCCUGUGGGGACCUUAGUUUUCAGCAGGACCAAAUGACACAGACUUUUGGCUUCAGGGACCCAGAGAUCACUCAUCUGGUGAAUGCUGGAGUCCUCACUGUACGAGAUGCUGGGAGCUGGUGGCUAGCUGUGCCUGGAGCUGGGAGAUUCAUCAAGUACUUUGUUAAAGGGCGCCAGGUUGUCCUUGGCAUGGUCCGGAAAGCCAAGUACAGGGAGUUGCUCCUGUCGGAGCUCCUGGGUCGGCGGGCACCUGCCACAGUGCGGCUUGGCCUUGCCUACCAUGUGCAUGACCUCAUUGGGGCCCAGCUGGUGGACUGCAUCUCCACUUCUUCUGGAACCCUCCUCCGCCUGCCAGAGACAUGAGGAUUCUGCUUGUCAUCGCACACCUCCCCAGAGCAGGGCAAGAGGCGCCUGGGAGUGCUUCCUGACAGUGUUGAGAUGGGGGCACCUUGGGAAGGCUUGGGAGCCAGGACGAGCGUUGGGCUCUCAUCCAUGCAAAGGGUCAGAUGUGAAAGCUGCUGUUUACCUGGGCUCUGACCCAGUGGUGGGGUUUGGGCAAUGUUUCUCUGCCCUUCCAUGGAAGUCGAACCAGAAACUGUGCCAAGGCCAUGGCUGCUACCUUUCAUGUCAGAUGGUGCUGUUGUUAUUCUGUCUUGGGAUAGAAAGGUAGGAUUUCUGGGGAGGCUGGUGAAGGAGGGCAGGGUUUUCUUCCCUAUAUGUUGGGCUGAAAUUGCCAAAUAAAGUACUUUUGCCUGUGAUA